AUGAUGAAGACCAUCAUCGCCGCCUACUCGGGCGUCUUGCGAGUUUCAGGUACCAAGUGCGAAUGGGAAGAGGCUGUAGUAGGAACCAGAAUAGGUACUGGGUCAAGCAUUCUCUCUGCUCUGCAGGAUUUAUCCUGGUUGUCCAAGUCCAAAGUAGAGAAGCAACUUCAGAUUAUCUCUGUGCUGCAAUGGGUCCUUACUUUCCUCGUCAUGGGUGUGGCGUGCACUGUCAUCCUCAUGUACAUACUCUGUACAGACUGCUGGGUGAUUGCAGCUCUGUACUUGGCAUGGCUGGUGUUUGACUGGAAUACUCCAAAGAAAGGUGGAAGAAGAUCCCAGUGGGUCAGAAACUGGGCCAUAUGGAGAUACUUCAGAGACUAUUUUCCAGUACGGCUGGUUAAAACCCACAAUCUGCUGACCAACAGGAAUUACAUUUUUGGCUACCACCCGCAUGGAAUCAUGGGCUUGGGUGCGUUCUGCAACUUCAGCACAGAAGCCACUGGUGUUGGCCAGAAGUUUCCUGGGAUCAGACCGUACCUUGCUACGCUAGCUGGGAACUUUAGAAUGCCUAUUUUGAGGGACUACUUAAUGUCUGGCGGUAUCUGUCCUGUGAACCGCGACAGCAUAGAUUACAUCCUGUCCAAGAACGGCAGUGGAAAUGCAAUUGUCAUUGUGGUGGGAGGAGCUGCAGAGUCCCUGAACUGCACACCAGGGAAGAACUCGGUGACUCUGAAAAAUCGGAAGGGAUUUGUGAAGCUGGCUCUACGACACGGAGCGGAUUUGGUCCCGGUGUAUUCGUUUGGCGAGAACGAGGUUUACAAGCAGGUGAUCUUUGAGGAGGGCUCCUGGGGAAGAUGGGUCCAGAAGAAGUUUCAGAAACACAUUGGUUUUGCUCCGUGCAUAUUCCAUGGCCGUGGCCUUUUCUCUUCCAACACCUGGGGAUUGGUACCUUAUUCCAAGCCCAUCACCACUGUUGUUGGGGAGCCUAUCACCGUUCCUAAAGUUGACCAUCCGAGCCAGAGGGAGAUAGACUUUUAUCACUGCAUGUAUGUGAGCUCUCUGAUUAGACUCUUUGACAAGUACAAGACUAAGUUUGGCCUGCCAGAGACUGAGGUAUUGGACAUCAACUGA